GGGGAGCUCCGGAGCUCAGCCUGGCCCCAGCCAACCUCAGGGACCCAAGCAAAUCAAAGCAAAGCAAAACUGCUCGGCAGCGAGAGCCUACGCUGGGGCCCUAAGCCCUGGCCAACUUGCCGCUGCCUGCACAGCUGGCACCACUGGAACUCUGCCGCUUCUGGCUUCGGGCUAGGCUGAGCUGGACGGACACAAGGACCUACUUCUCCCUCCGCCUUGCGUGCCCCGCCGGCCGGGCUCCAUUCUAGGAGCCCACCUCAUGACUGAGCACGGGAGCGGGAGAAAGGAAGGCGGCCCCCCACCCCACCUGCAGUUUUGGUGUCCCCGACAUGAUCCCCUACUUCUCCGCCAACGCGGUCAUCUCCCAGAACGCCAUCAAUCAGCUCAUCAGCGAAAGUUUCCUCACUGUGAAAGGUGCAGCCCUCUUCCUACCACGGGGAAAUGGGUCAUCCACACCAAGAAUCAGUCACAGGCGCAACAAGCAUGCAGGUGAUCUUCAGCAGCACCUGCAGGCCAUGUUCAUAUUACUCCGCCCUGAAGACAACAUUAGGCUGGCUGUGAGAUUGGAAAGCACAUACCAGAACCGCACGAGAUAUAUGGUGGUGGUUUCAACCAAUGGCAGACAAGAUACUGAAGAAAGCAUUGUCCUCGGGAUGGAUUUCUCCUCUAAUGACAGUAGCACUUGUACCAUGGGUCUGGUCCUGCCUCUCUGGAGUGACACACUUAUUCAUCUGGAUGGCGAUGGUGGGUUCAGCGUUUCAACAGAUAACCGAGUUCACAUAUUCAAACCCGUGUCCGUGCAGGCAAUGUGGUCUGCAUUACAAAGUUUACAUAAGGCAUGCGAAGUGGCCAGAAGUCAUAACUAUUACCCAGGCAGCCUGUUCCUAACCUGGGUGAGUUACUAUGAGAGUCAUAUAAACUCCGACCAGUCAUCAGUGAACGAAUGGAACGCCAUGCGAGACGUGCAGUCCCACCGGCCAGAUUCACCGGCUCUCUUUACAGACAUCCCAACUGAACGAGAACGCACAGAAAGGUUAAUCAAGACCAAACUAAGGGAAAUUAUGAUGCAGAAGGAUUUGGAAAAUAUUACGUCCAAAGAGAUACGAACAGAGUUAGAAAUGCAGAUGGCAUGCAACCUUCGGGAGUUCAAAGAGUUCAUAGAUAAUGAGAUGAUCGUGAUCCUAGGACAGAUGGACAGCCCCACACAAAUCUUCGAGCACGUGUUUCUGGGCUCAGAAUGGAACGCCUCCAAUUUGGAAGACUUGCAGAACCGAGGGGUACGGUACAUCUUAAAUGUAACUCGGGAAAUAGAUAACUUCUUCCCAGGGGUCUUUGAGUAUCAUAAUAUCCGGGUGUAUGACGAGGAAGCCACAGACCUGCUGGCCUACUGGAAUGAUACUUACAAAUUCAUCUCCAAAGCCAAGAAACAUGGCUCUAAAUGCCUUGUGCACUGCAAGAUGGGGGUGAGCCGGUCCGCCUCUACCGUGAUUGCUUAUGCUAUGAAGGAGUACGGCUGGAACUUGGACCGCGCCUACGACUAUGUGAAAGAAAGGCGUACCGUCACCAAGCCCAACCCCAGCUUCAUGAGGCAGCUGGAGGAGUACCAAGGGAUCCUGCUGGCCAGCAAACAGCGGCACAAUAAGCUGUGGCGCUCUCACUCAGACAGCGACCUCUCGGACCACCACGAGCCAAUCUGCCAAUCAGGGAUGGAGUUAAACAGGAAGGAGAUCACCACUUCAGCAGACCAGAUCACCGAGGCAAAGACUGUGGAGAGCCACGCCCCGAUGGCCCCUGUCUUUGUGGAGCGCAGGCUCCCCCAAGAUGGGAACACGCACGAGCUGUGCACCAAAGAGAGAGUGAUCUGCCUAGAGUUUACGUCUAGAGAGUUUCAUACGGGACAAAUAGAGGACGAAUUAAAUCUCAAUAACAUUAAUGGGUGUUCAGCAGGUUGUUGCCUGAGUGAAUCCAAAUUUCCUCUUGACAACUGCCACGCAUCUGAAGCCUUAACCCAGCCUGAAAACUCCUUGGAGAUCCCCACACAGUUCCCGGACUUAACGGUGGAAGAUCUGGAGACGGAUGCUCUAAAGACAGACAUCAGCGUCCACUUACUCCCCAUGGAAGAGCUGACGUCGCGGUUGAGAGACCUGCCUGUGUCUCCAGAGCCUGACUCGCCUGGUCCCCAGCCCAGUUCCCAGGCUGAGGCACCAGACUUCAGUACCGACCGCAUUGAUUUUUUCAGUGCCCUAGAGAAGUUUGUGGAGCUCUCCCAGGAGACUCGACCCCGCUCCUGCUCCCACUCCAGGAUCGAGGAAGCAGGUGGGGGGAGAAAUGGCGGAGUCCGACUAUCAGUGUUGGAAACGGCCGCAUCCGAGGCGACCCCCGAGGGGCAGAGAAGCAGCAGCUCGAGCAACACCCCACACGUGUCAGGAGAGUCUUCCAUGGAUGAAGACCAGCCAAAGGAUAUCUCCGAAAUGGUUAGCCCAGAGGACGUGAUGCAAUUCCACUCAGAAAAUGCAAUUUCAGUGAAAGAAAUUAUCACCGAAAUUGAAUCCAUCAAUCAAGGAAUCGGGCAGUGUCAACAGAAGGUGGAUGUCCUGUCCAACCCAUGCCAAACGCCAAAGAGAAACACCAUCCAUGAACUGCCAUUCUUUGAGGCAGCCUGUGCCUCCGAGAGUAAACCUGCCCACCUGGACCACAAGGAGGGAAUACGUAUAGCACAGCCUGAGCUGGCAAAGGCAGAGCAGGAGGCCGUGCUGAUGGCACCGACCCCUCUGGAAGACUCAGAAGAAGGGGAUCCAGCUGAGGAAGACCCAGAGUCACAAGGCCCAGGUCUGAACCCAGCGCCCAAAUGGUGCCCGGGGUCUGUGAGGCGGGCAACGUUGGAGUUUGAAGAGCGAUUGAGACAGGAACAAGAACACCUUGGGGCUGCCCCCCUCGGCACUCUGCCGACUCGCAAGAACUCCAGGAAUGAUUCUGCUGUGCCUGAUGUAACACCAAGAGGCAAGAAUGAAGAGCUCGCUCCAGAACCUGCCUUGGGGCCUGAGGAACGGGAGUUGAGCAGGGCCAAGACAAAAGACAACGUGGCGGAGGCCUUCCCUCCCCAGCCUGACCAGGUGCCUGACACACAGGCAUCUGUGCUGCUAGGAUUCCAGCCCAGCCCAGCUUCUCAAGAGCGUCCACUGGCAGAUGUUGGAGAAGAGCAGGGAGAGGUGUCCAAGGAGCCCCUGGAGUCCAUGAAAAAGCCUGUUCCGGACCAUCUUCCCAAAAGGUUUGAAAUCAUCGAGUACACUCCCAUGGUGACAUCCCCUGACCUAACAUUUGACAUGGCUGCAGCAGAAAAGAAUGGGGAACCAGAGCUGAAGACAGUCAUGGUGGAGAAAUCCAUCACCGUGAUGUGUACCGUGGAUGAAAAUCUCAACACCACCCUGUGCCCAGAACUAGCUUCUCUGCGCCCUCAAACGCUACCUCUGCUUAACCCUGCAUCUCUUAAGCGUGAUGGAGCUCCCCAUGCUGCCUUCACUCUGGGCAGUCCCGAGGAAGAGGAGUCCAGUCCUCCUUCUCCUCCAGGGACGACGGCUCCUUUUGUGAGUCGUGCAGGCCGCUUACCGUCAGCCGGCUUGGAUUACACACAUCCCCAAGCCGUCCUUCGCCUAGAAGGGGUGACUGAGGAGAGCAGCACCACGGACAGUGAGCCCUCGUCAGAGCAGAGCUGCUGUACUGAGCGUGCCUCCGGCAGUAUCCCAGUGCUCCCCAGGGAAGCUGAGGGCACUCUGGGCCACUGGGGCAGUGAAGACCUCAGAGCGGUCAGCCACCUCGCUGGGAACAUGGAGGAGAUCCAUGAGAUGUUGGGCCCGUGUGCACCCUGCGGUCUCCCACAUAGUUCCAGUAACGACAGCAUAAAGAACCUCAGCCAAAGUGUCAGGGUGGUGAAAAGGCAUUCGAAAGAAAUGGAGUCCCGAGUCCUUCGGCAGGCAGGGCUCACCAGACCGUCCCAGAUGAAGCGUUCAGCUUCUCUCGCGAGGCUGGGGCACCUGAAUCUGCAUAAAAGUGCUUUGUCUGAGGUAGAGUUGGUGUCUCCAGAAGCCCCUCAUCCUGACCUCCUCCAGUCCUUCAUCAGGACGGGCCCAGGUGGGCCCACCCUGGAAGAGCCCUCAACAAGGCUCAGACCCAUUUCCCAGCACCCAGAGCCCACCACAUAUUUUGUAGAGCAACUGAAAAUGGCGGAGUGUAUGGCCCAGAGCAAGCCGGUUGAGAGGCCUCUGGUGCAGUAUGCCAAAGAGCUGGGGUCAGCUCAGCAGUGUUUGCUUCCCAGUGCAGAACAUGAAUUGACUAGUUCUGGUGGGGGCCUUCCCUUGCCCCAGAGACAGCAGGAAUUCGAUUCUCCGAGCCCAAGCCCGGGGCUGACUGUAGCUGAGCUGCUGCAGCAUGGGAGAACUCAGCCUCUUGGGAAACUCAGAAAGUCCAGUGGCAAAAGGCGGACGCCCAGUCCCUUCUAUAACACCAUGUGAUCCGGAGCCCAGCCAGGCCUCCUCAAGGGAGAUAUGUGUUUGUCAAAGGGGCAGGUGUAAUAUGUAAGGAACAUGCACUUUAUUGGUUAAUUUUCUAUGUUUUGGUCAUUUUACUAUUGCUGGCGCAUGCAGGGUUUAGGUUUUCUGUGUGUGACAUGGACUGCGAGACUAUUUUAUCUUUGGGGGUUUUUUGGUUUUUGUUUUUUAAAGAAACUCAGACAACCUCAAAAAAAGAAGAAACACCUCAUUUUCAAAGAACACCAUCAAAAGCAAAUUGCUGUUUUUCAGUCAGCUACCCCUGUUUCUCAUCUCUCAGUCUGAGAUGUGCAUGCCUACAAGGCCAGGGAGGGGAAGGUGAUUGAUGAAUAGAGAGGCAGGGGGAAGUGGAGGAAGAGGAGGGGGAAAUUGGCAAAGCCCAACCUAAGGGCCUUUCUGACCAUGCUCUGACCCUCAGGCCUGGCCACAUGGGUCAUGUGGAGAGGCAGCAGAACUCGCAGACACCAGGCCCUGGGCUGGUAGAGACUGUUCGGUGAAUGGGUGGCUUCUGCUUUGACUUAAAAGGGAGCAUUCACAUAAAGCUCUAGCUGUACCGUGUAUUGCUGAAGGACAUAGUUAAUGACAGGAUUUAUUGAUUUAUUAAACAGCUUCUUGGGGCUCCAGAACAAAAUCAGAAAAAGGCCUCCCUUGGUGAAGAGGGCCUCCCAAGGUGCGCAGGUCGGGAGACAGCCCUAGCAGUCCCAUCUAGUGAACCCGGCCUGUCCUUUCUGUGAGAUGAGUCUGUGUCCCACCCCCUUCUUAAUCCAUAGAAAAGAUAAUACAAACAGCAAUGGAAAGAUGAAGUGUUCUUUUAAAAUGAACUGUCUGUAGGGUUUUAACCCUUUCAUUACUUGAAUACUGCUGUGGGCCUUCUGAGUUUAAUGGCCGUAUGUUUCCCCUACAAUUUAUUUUUCUUCCCCACACCAUGUUUCCUCCAAUGCUGCCUAUGUUUUGUGGGUAUUUUUUUAUCAUUUCAUAGGAAACAUUUGAAUUGUUACAUUACAGGUGUAUAGCCUCCUUCAGAUGCAAAGCUUUCUUUUCUAUAUUGUCACUGUUAACACUUGACGAAAGGUUUUUUCCUUUCCUAGAAGUUUUGUCAUUUUCCUAAAUUGUAUAUACAAUAUUUAUGUAGAUAAUUUUUGUUAUUUUCUUACAGUUUUUUUUUGGUGUGUGCAUAUGUGUUUUUGGUUUUGUUUUGUUUUGCUUAUAAUGGAGCAAGACUGUGGUCUGUAACUGGAAAAUGUCCACAAAGAUGUCAUCUCAGAGCAGCUCUGUGGGUGUUGGGGGCCUUCCCGCCCCGCUUCAUGACUUGGUGACGGUGGUUUUAAUUGUAUAAGUAAGACCUUGAGCCACCACCAGAACUCUCCCAAAUGGUAUAGCAUUUCCUUUCUCUCAGAGAAGCCCCUAGAGGCCUUAAGCACAAAGUUGAUUUCUCUUGGGCCUGAGAUUCCAGAAGGCUGAGUUUGCCAGUAAUUGAACCAUGGCCAGAGAGAAUUUGGAGAGUAGUACCACCCAGUGUUUAAAAUCCUAGUGGAGGCUGGGAGCUGAGGGCAGUGGGAGAGGACCCACAGCCUGGCCAGCCAUCAGGACAGCUGCCUGUGGGCAUCAUGAAUAGGUACCCUUGCCUCCCUUCAGCAGCUUCACGUGAAAUCCCUGUCUUAGCUCCUUGUAAACCUCUUUUGCCCAGCAGGAUAAAUCCAAACCGAAGGGACUCACAGUUCGUCUUCCUGCCUUUCAUCUUGAUUGAAAUCCCCAUUGUAGAAGCAUUGACUGAAUCCAGCCCUUGAGAGUGAAGCCUUCCAGUGGAACUCAAACUGCUUAGGUGACCCUGAGGUCGGCGGGAGGGUGGGACCAGGGAGGUCACUUGACCCUGUGGCAGAGCCUUAAUCCACUUGUCUCUUGGAAGCCACGUCAGUGGCUUACAGUCACUGCCAGUGGCCAUGGCUAAAAAGAAACCUCCUCCUAAGGAGGUCUCUGUGGUCUGUGAGUGGGUUGUCGCUGCAUUCCUCCACUUCCUUUAAAUGUUCAGACAGGUGACAUGCACGCAGGACUUUGUGAUUCAUCUCAUGUGAUUCCUGGAUGUUGACUGGGCUGCAGAAUGUUCUUGAAUGGAGCCUGUCUGUGUGCGGGGGCCAGGGAGGAGAGGGCUCGUAUUUGCAGCCCUCGCACAGUGCCAGAUGUACGAUGAUUCCAUGAAAACUAUGCAGUCUUAUCAUUCAGGCCCUACCCACCACCGAUGUGAUUACAGGAAAAGAGCCAGGCAGGUAAUAAGUGACGAGAAACAGAGAAACAGAGAGACAGAGAGGGAGAGAGAGAGAAACGUGACAGAUGGAGAGGAGCUGCUUCUCAUUAACUCCUUGAUGGCCCAGAUCCUAAGGAGCAGGAUUGUGAGUCUUUUUAACUCUCCUCCCUUUAUAGACAAGGAGCUUCUUGCUGUAGAAAUACAGAAGGAAGACUGUCACAGGUGAAGCCACUCUUUGGGUGGAGGAGUACAGGACAGGGCCUCUGCCUUCGGUUUGCUGGCUGAAUUCUUGUUUGUGGUUUGGUUUCCUUGUUCAGCUGAGUGUCCCUGGUUAGGUUUCUCAUUCAGACGUGCCAUGCGGUUUUCCCAGAGGUCCAUCUGUCCCAUUAGAGGAUUCUCAUCUCAUGACAUGAUUGAGCAGGAGCCCUCCCCCAGGGUUGUUCUAGAGCAGCCCCACGGAGGUCCAUGAACAGUUGUAUGUCAAGUGGGACUUGUCACGCCUUUAUCUCUUCCAAUCUACAGUAACCCUGUUUUACCUCGGCCCGCUGUCUUUCUUAUUCAUGGAAAACCCAGCGCUGAGAUUUCUGCAUCUGGGCAGAUUGGCAGAGCUGGGCCGGAAAGUCUUUGUGGCCUCUCUGGCCCCAUUCUUCCACAAUGGCUUUCCUUUUUGUGUGUGAAUAUCUAAAAGUUAAUCAGAUUCACCUUUAAAAAUAAUCACUGGAAUCAUCUCUUCUACACUGGAUGACAUUUAUCUGGUAUCCAGGGGGUCUCCCAAGUGCAACCAGAAGCUUUGAGCUGUCCCUGAAAUCUUUUGAGUUUUAGAAAGACUUAUAAAUGGUCUCGGCAGAAGAGAACCAUCACAACUUUGUAGUUGUUUUGUUAAACUAAAAUACUACAGUGUAGUAAUGCUCAGUUGUCUGAGUCCUCUCUUAAUACUGUUGCCCUUAGGGUUCGGAAAGGAAGCAUUGCUGGCAUCCCAGGUGCUUCAGCCCUGCCUCAUUCUGUCUUUCUUCCCAGCUGAUGUCUCUUGGGCUUGUGGACAUCCUGUGUGGAUACAGUUAGAGUGAGCUGAAGUUUCCUUGGGGAUUUCUCUGAGAAAAGAUAUUUAUUUCCUGGAAUGUAGCAGAAUUUGAGAAACCCUCGCCUGCUCUAUUUGGAGUUUCAGGUCCAGAGUAACACCGAGUCAGUGUUACAUGAGAGAACCCACAAGGAGUAACCCACGAAGCAAAAAGAGGUCAUGUUCUGAAGGUCAUUUUCUUUUUGUACAAAGCUGGUUUUCAGCUGUUUAAGGAACCUGCUGGAGGACCCUUGAUUGUUUACAUUGUGAAUAUUAAAAUGUGUAUUCUGUCUCACUGUGCUGUUCCCCUUGACCCCGAGUCACCCAGCAGUGGCUAUACUGGAAGUCACAGCAUGCCCUGAGCCCUUGCACAAAAACCACACCGCUGCCAUGAUGGUCAGGCCUCACAGAUUAGCGUGCGAAGCCUGGAACUGAUUUUUUUUCCCCAUGAUGCCCUGCUGCACUCCAGUCUCACUGUGCUGUAUAGGAAGUAGUCCAUCAGUAGUCCCUCAGUGGCAGUGUGUGAUUUUAGUGAUGGUUGUGAUGGUGGAUGGCUGUUGUCUUUUCUUCCUUUAAUUUGGUCAUUCUCUGGUGUGGUGGACAAAGUGAGAUUCCUAGCUUUUUGUUUCAGACCAAUCCAGCUUAAAGGCAAUUUGGGCUUUAGUGUUUCUUCCAAAUUGCAGCUGUGAUCAGCCCUGCUCUGAGGCCAAGUGUGGCUAACUGGCAAACACAAUACCCCUUUGAGGGAGUUUUGGAUGGCCCUGCCAGUGAAGAGGAAGCUGCACACUUACCCCCACCUCAUGCCCCCCACCCCUGCCAUGUCUUGGGGAGGGAGCAAUUUAAAGGUGCUUUUGUAUUUUCCCAGCCUGAAAGAGGAGGAUGGAGUCCACCUCUGACUUUGGAAAGAGAGCCAACCUUAUUUUCUCAGAGAUCGAGGACAGGAUGCCCACACUGGGUCUCUCUUUCAGCUGAAAGAACCCCCAAAAGGCAUCUCUUCUGCUUCACCCAGCUUUAUGGUGAUAGAAAACAGCAGCUUGAGGCCUGUACGUGAUGAAGACCCAAUGCCUGCCUUUUUCUCCACAUUUCCAGGGCACCAAACAGAACUGGGCAGUGUGACUCAGAAAUGGUCCCCAACCAAUAUGCACCCAGAGUGAUUCUGCUUUCUGUCUUUCUCAUUGACUUUUGGUUUCCUUGGCAAAGUCCGUGAUGGCUGGGCCUUUUCUCCUUUCUUCAGAUGUGACAGAAUUGUAGGAAUUGUUGUGAAUGUGGAAAUUCAGCCCCCGAAGACCCUCUUCCUCCAUCCUCCCCUAACACCUAGCCCUCCACACUUGUGUGUGUGUGUGUGUGUGUGUGUGUGUGUGUGUGUGUGUGUGUGUGUGUGCUUUUCAAUAAAGCAGGUGCUCCCUGCAAUCUCGGGGACCUUUCCAAGUCGGUUAAAGCAGAGCAUAAAAGCCACUGGCCUUGUUUCUCUCCUUGAUCUCCCCUGGUGGUUGGGACGUCCCACCUGUACCAUAGAUUUUUAUUACCAGUGUGCUCCGCUGUUUUUAAAUGUGAACUUGUGCACUGAUGUGCAGAUUCAAUGUUCUUGUUACAGAUUGAAUAAAUUUUUAUUUUGAAGAUGAAA